AUGCAUAACAUUUUUGUGAAUAUACCACCAAUGGUUCAAAGUUUGGACCCUGAGAACCUUUUCACACGUAGCAGCAUAUGGGUGAAUGGACCAGUCAUAGUUGGUGCUGGUCCUUCAGGUCUUGCUGUUGCUUCUGGUCUUAAAGGCCAAGGUGUUCCAUUCAUCAUCCUUGAAAGAGCUAAUUGCAUUGCAUCUCUUUGGCAAAAUAGAACUUAUGAUCGUUUAAAGCUUCAUCUUCCUAAACAAUUCUGUCAGUUACCCAAUUUUCCAUUCCCAGAGGACUUCCCUGAAUACCCCACAAAAUUUCAGUUCAUAACUUACCUUGAAUCUUAUGCCAAACACUUUAACAUAACCCCACAGUUCAAUGAAACAGUGCAAUCUGCAAAGUAUGAUGAAACCUUUGGUUUUUGGAGGGUUAAAACCAUUAGGAAAAGUGGUGUCAGUGAAGUUGAGUACAUUUGCAGGUGGCUUGUGGUUGCUACUGGAGAAAAUUCAGAGAAAAUUGUGCCUGAAUUUGAAGGCCUUGAAGAAUUUGGUGGCCAUGUUAUGCAUGCUUGUGAUUACAAAUCUGGGAAGAGUUAUAGUGGGAAGCGAGUACUUGUUGUUGGGUGUGGAAAUUCAGGCAUGGAAGUGUCCCUUGAUCUCUGUAACCACAAUGCAAUCCCAUCAAUGGUGGUUAGAAGCUCCGUUCAUGUCUUGCCAAGAGAAGUUUUUGGAAAAUCGACAUUUGAGCUUGCAGUUAUGUUGAUGAAAAGGUUACCACUUUGGAUGGUUGAUAAGAUAUUGCUGAUUCUGGCAAUUUUGAUUUUGGGAAAUGUUGAAAAGUAUGGUCUGGAAAGGCCAUCCAUAGGCCCUUUAGAGCUGAAGAACAGUUCAGGGAAGACCCCAGUGUUAGACAUUGGAGCAUUGAAGAAAAUUAGAUCUGGUCAAAUCAAAGUGGUUCCUGGAAUUAGAAGAUUCUCUCCAGGGGAAGUGGAACUUGUUGAUGGCAAAGUUCUUCUCAUUGAUUCUGUUGUUCUUGCUACUGGGUAUCGCAGCAAUGUACCAUCAUGGCUAAAGGAAAAUGAUUUCUUUUCAAAGGAUGGGAUUCCAAGAAACCCAUUUCCAAAUGGAUGGAAAGGAAAAGGCGGUCUUUAUGCUGUUGGGUUCACAAGAAGAGGCCUUUCUGGUGCAUCUUUGGAUGCAAUUAGUGUGUCUUAUGACAUUGCCAAGAGUUGGAAAGAGGAAACUAAGCAGAAGAAGAAAACAGUGGCUGCACGUCAUAGGAGAUGCAUAUCACACUUCUAA